GCUUGUGUGACAGUAUUCCUUUGGGAGUUCGAGAAAGACGAGACAAAAGAGGUGGCGGACACCUGAAGAAGGCAAGGGAAUGGCGGGGCGGUUCGAAUAUCAGCCACCUCCGCCUCCUUCCCCAUCGGCAAGCGGAGGCAGCACUAGCGAAUCAAGCGACGAGAACAGCAGCGACCACAGCGACCAUGAUGACGACGUCAACAUCCCCAGCAGGCCGCAACCUCGACCUACUUCUGGGGAUGGUGUCGACCGUCCGAACAGCAGUGGCGGUGAACGGUCUUGGUCGGUCCUGUCCGCCUCCGAGGCGCAGACGACGGCACGACCAACACCAGGAGCAGUUACUGCAGCUGCACCAGCACCAGAGACCGGAGAAGCAGCAGCGAUGAGCGCGAACCCUCCUGCAUCGCCGCUGGUCUCCCUACCGUCGCCUAGCCGUAAGCGAGGUCGCGCACCGUCGAGGCCUUCAUCAGGGGGGGCGGUGGCUCAACCUCGCCCGCAGCCACCAUCACCACCAGCACCCGCAGGCGAUACACAACCCGCGGAAGAAGCAAUAGCUCAUGGGCACAAAUCUUCGCCAGCUCGGGCGUUUGGCCACCACAGCAGCAUCGCAUCGGCAGGGCUAGAGGCCACGGAUUCAGCGCCGGCGGCACGUGGAGGCGUGCAAGACAAGAUCCCACGCCAGGCAUCUUGUUCACCUCGUCGAAUCUCUGAUCGGACACCCGUUGUUCCUAGAACAUCGGCGCCGGCCGGCGAAGAAGCGAAUCUGCCCGAGUUGGCAGAACCGACACCCCAACAACCAACAGCUCCGAGGAUAUUUCCGCCGAAUCAAACGCAGGUGCGGGGUAGUGAGCUCGCAGGGGAGGCGGAUGCCGUGGAUUCGGGGAAGCCGUCUUCCUCGACUCCGCAAACGUCGGCAGGAGGACAAGCAGCAGCCGCAACGGAAGCGUCGACCGCAUCCUACCUACCAUCGCUUUUGGCUCUACCGCGGGCGACAUCGUCGCAGCCCCGUCAGCGAGGCCGGCAGCGGCCGAAGCCUGCACCGCAGCCGUCGGCAGCGGAGCUUGAGGCUCCACCAGAGACAAAUACACAAGCGGCCGCGGAGCGAGUUCCGCCGCCCGACGAGACGGGCCGCCCUAGGAAGACUCCGUUGCCACCCGCUGCAGCAGACCAAGCUGCUACUCCGGACUUGCGCAAGAGGGGCCGUCAAAAGAAGACACCGUUGGAGCCUGCUCCAUCAGGCGAAAAAACGACUCCGGACCUGCCUCGCAAGAGGGGGCGCCCACGGAAGACACCGUUGGAACCUGCCGCAUCAGACGAAACGACGUCUCCGGACCUGCCUCGCAAGAGGGAGCGCCCGAGGAAGACACCGUUGGAACCUGCUGCAUCCGACGAAGCUACGACUCCGGACCUGCCUUGCAAGAGGGGGCGCUCGAGGAAGACACCGUUGGAACCUGCAGUAGCAGACAAAGCUACGACUCCGGACCAGCAACGCGCAACCUCGUCGAAUUCUGCGCCGCCUUCUCCAGUGGGCGCGCCAACGCCAAGGCAGGUGGCGGCAGCUGUGGGGGCAGCAGCAACGGUCACGGCCUCGCCACAGCCGCAACCUCCAGCGUCAUUGCAAACGGCGGGAAACAUUGUGCGGCAAGCCGCUUCGCCAACUCGUCAAAGGAGAUCUCCAAGGAUUGAGGAUGCUGCGAGUUUGGGUCGGCCGGAAAUAGCACCGACAUCUGAGGGAACAACACCAGCGGCCGCGGCAGCUAGACGACAGCAACGGACAGAGGCGAUUCCGGAGAGAUCAUUGCCUAUUCGUAAGCGGAACCGUCCGACUAACACCACCCCGCCGUCGGCACCUGCACUGGCAACAGCAGGAGCCCCUCGGCAGACUGCCAACGAAGAAGAAGGCGACGACGGCAGCAGCAGCAGCAGCAGUGACAGCAGCGGCGAUAGCAGCUGGACAAGCGGUGUCAGCGGCAUCAAAGCCAAGAGAGGGAGCACCAAUACCAACACCACCGCCAAGCUUGCGACGGACUCCACUCGUUCGACACCCACGGAGAAAUCGAGGCCUGGUGUGUUGCGUGGUCUUCCCCCCUGUAGACCGGACCAGCAACGUCUCCCUGCAGAGCCACGAGAGGAGGUGGACAUCCCCGCAGGAGGGAACGCCGAUGGCAGCGCCGAGACUGGAAGCAGGAGCGGCAAAAUGCGGCGGAAGGCGCAACGGUCAGCGGGCCAGCGGCAGCAGCAGCAGCAGCAGCAGUCCCCGGAAGCAAACCCUCCUCCAGCGAACCACGCGCAAGACGGUGCUGGUGCCGACAUUGGUAGGCACGUGGAUGAUGGUGGGAGUGCAGGAGACUGCGGCGAAAAUUUUGGUAGCGGCGGCAGCGGCGGUAGCGUUGAUGGUGGUAGCUGCAACGAGAUGAACGAGGGCGGUUUUCACGUCGCACGGGAAGAAGAGGGGCGCGUCGCUUCGUCCGAGCAGCAGGUAGAUGGGUCUGUGAAAGCCGGGGGGCCGGGGAAGACGAAAAGGUCAGCAGUCGGCAGCGGCGGACUGCAGUCCCAAUCACGACGCAUGGCGCGGGAGCUGGCAGACCCUCCAGCGGGGAAUGAGCGACAUCGUGGUAUUCCCCGAUCAACCCGUGGCGGCGGAGGCGGAACGAGCGAUGGCAGCAAGGACGAGACUGAAGGGCCGACUACCACCAGAGAUGAAGACCUUGCUUUGGUCAGGGAAAUGCACCAAGAAAGGGAGGGUCUCUUGGCCGUUCGUACGAGGUUGCGCAGGGAGGUGGUAACCUUGCAGGACGAAGAGGACGAGCUGAGACUUGUGCUCGGGCUUCCCCCCGCGCGAUCGGAGCUGGUACUUGCCACCCCGCCGCCACUGCCGCCGCCAGUGGAGCCAUCGGCGGCCGUGGCACCGGCGGAGAAAAAACGCAGACCAAACCCUCAGUGGCGAACCACGCCGCCCGCACAGGGCGAACCCAGUGUCGCCACCGGCACCUCCUUCUGCUCCUCCUCCUCACCAGCUGCCGCUAAUGGUCCCAGUGUUUCACCACAACGCCCUUCACCCAGUGUCGCCAUCGGCGCCUCCUCCUCCUCGCCAGCUACUGCUAGUAGUGCGGGCGCUUCACCACCACACGCUUCACCCAGUGUCACAACCCCCUCCUCCUCGCCAGCUGCUGCUUUUAGUGCGGGUGUUGCACCGCCUAGCGUUUCACCUCCCCGGACGGAGCGGAGCCCGGUUGCGGCUGCCAGUUCGAGAAGCAGCAGCAUUGCGGCCGCGUCUAGCCCCCAGGCGCUAGCAUCGACCCCCGGAAACGACGACACGCCGAUGGGGUCGCCGCUCUCGCUGCUCGUGCCGGGUUCCCCGGUCGGCUCUUUUGACCCCGCAUCCGGCGAAAACGACGACAUCGAGAAGCUUCUGCUCGGACUCGACUCCAUGACAGGGGACGACGACAACGACGACGACGAUGAUAUCGUUGCACCGGCAGGAGGUUUGGGGGGACUCCGCUACCGUGGAGCAGGGCCUGCGCCGCUGCCGCCGCCGCCGUCUUCCGGCGGAGCGCCUAUCGGGGCGAGACAACAGCCGUUCGCAAGACAACGCACUGCUGGCAGUGGGCCGCAGCUAUCUGGCCGCCGAGGGAGUGGUGGAUUGAAUCAACCAGAGAGCGUAGCAGGGCGUGGGACUGCCGUUGGAAAUGGUGUCCGCGGACAACAGCAACCGCGAAGGGGUGAGCAGCUGCUGUCCUCUGGGAGAGGAGGCGUCGCUUCGGGCGGCAAGGGUCGGGGAAGGGGCGCGAGGCGGGCGCCGAACUACCUGGACUUGAACGCGAGCUUCCUGCGCCGCCCUGCCGGCAGGGGUGUCGCGUCGGCUCGCGGCGGCAGGCUCGGCAGCGGAAGCCGUGGCGGUCGUGGCGGCGGCGGACGAGGCCCUCCGGUAGUGAGCUCAGGGCGAGGAGGGCGGCGCAACGGGCCCGUCAGGGUGGGGGGAGGGAGUGCAGCAGCAAGACCAGGAGAUGGAGGGUUGGGAUCCGGUGCUUCUCAUGGUGGCCGCGUCGGGGGACGGGGUCAUCUGGUACGCGGAGCGACGGGUCCAACGGGAGGGCCGCAUGCGCGAGAAGUUCGAGACAAAGAGCUCGUGGGCGUAGCACAACAUUCCGAAGAACAAACCUCUACCGGUGGAGCUAGGGUGACCACUGUUUCCCCAGGCGAUGCUCGUCUCCCGGAUGGGAGCGGGCGUCUGCCUGGCCUCUAGGGGUAUGUUGUUGAGAGUGUGAUUGGCAUGCCUAUUGUGUGGGAAGCGACUUGGUCCCUUCGACGUUAGCCUGUGUGUU